AACACUGUCCCUGCUAGUUUUCUAAGUUUACUGCAAUCUCUGCAUGGGGGGAGGGAGAGAGAGGGAGAGAGAGACAGAGAUUACCAACAUGAGAGCAGGUAGAGAGUUUAGGGCAAGACUCCUUCCAGCUUCAACAACUGGCUUGGUUCCAUGAUGUGUGUAGCCGUGGACAGUGGAAUAAACCCAUACGGUCAGUGAAAGCAGCCAAAGGAAUUUGGGCAACACAGAAAAAAUCAAAUAUGAUGAAGAAUGAAGAAACGAGUCUUAAUGUGGACAGUACCCAAGCCUCUCCCUUCUCCCACUGCCUGCAGCCACUGAGCCCUGUUACAAAGCCACACAGAACAACUCCAUUUGGUGAAGAAUUCAGACCACACCUCUCACAUUUCCGCUAUGGCCCUCCUCCUCUUGGAGACAUGGAAACAUUCCAGGGGUCUUUGGAAGGAGGGUCUCGGAAACGCAAGAGCAUGCCAACAAAAAUGCCUCCUUCUAUUGCCCUGGAGGGUUCUUCAUCACCACCAGACAGACCUGAAGAUCACAAUGACAUAGGCUCUUCCAGUCUCCCCUUGGUGUUCCAACAGCCAGCACAGCCCAAGUACAAUUCCCAGAUGAUCGACCUCUGUAACUUUGGUUUUCAGUUCUACAGAACUCUGGAGCACUUUGGAGCCAAGCCCAUUAAGCAAGAACCGGUGAAGCCUAAUAUGCCAUGGCCCAGUAGCCCAGCAUUCAUGCAGGCUCCUUACCCUUAUUAUCCUAAAGUCCACCCUGGCUUAAUGUUUCCUUUUAUUGUGCCACCAAACUUUCAUUUCAGGAACCCCUUUCAAAUGAAAAGACCUCCAGAGCCACCCUUCAGGAGAGCUGAAGUAAGAGAAAGCGGUGAAAAUAAACAGAAAGUGGAAAGAGUAGAUGUCAACCUUCAGAUAGAUGACAGUUACUAUGUUGAUGUGGGGGGUGAACAGAAACGCUGGCAAUGUCCCAUGUGUGAGAAGUCCUAUACAUCCAAGUACAAUUUGGUCACCCAUAUCUUGGGUCACAGUGGCAUUAAGCCACAUGCUUGCACGCGUUGUGGCAAGCUUUUCAAGCAGUUGAGCCACUUGCACACACAUAUGUUGACACACCAGGGCACUCGGCCACAUAAAUGCCAGGUGUGCCACAAGGCUUUCACUCAAACCAGUCACCUUAAGAGACACAUGAUGCAACACAGCGACAUCAAGCCUUACAACUGCAGGAUCUGUGGCCGAGGUUUUGCCUACCCCAGCGAGCUGAAAGCACACGAGUCUAAGCACGAGAGUGGCCGAGAGAACAUUUGUGUGGAGUGUGGUCUGGACUUCCCAACCCUGGCCCAGCUGAAGAGACACUUAACAACCCACCGUGGCCCUAUACAGUACAAUUGCACUGAAUGCGAUAAGACCUUCCAGUAUCCGAGUCAGCUGCAAAACCACAUGAUGAAGCACAAAGACAUCCGCCCGUACAUCUGCACUGAAUGCGGCAUGGAGUUUGUGCAGCCCCACCAUCUCAAACAACACUCCCUAACUCACAAGGGUGUGAAAGAGCACAAAUGUGGAAUUUGUGGCCGGGAAUUUACUCUGCUGGCUAACAUGAAGCGACAUGUCCUGAUCCACACCAAUAUCAGAGCCUAUCAGUGCCAUUUGUGCUUCAAGAGCUUUGUGCAAAAGCAGACUCUUAAGGCCCACAUGAUUGUUCACUCUGAUGUCAAACCCUUUAAAUGCAAGCUGUGUGGAAAGGAAUUUAACAGAAUGCAUAAUUUAAUGGGACACAUGCACCUGCACUCGGACAGUAAGCCUUUCAAGUGCCUCUACUGUCCCAGUAAAUUCACCUUGAAGGGGAACCUAACCAGGCACAUGAAAGUCAAACAUGGGGUCAUGGAAAGAGGAUUUCAUUCUCAAGGUUUUGGAAGAGGAAGAAUUGCUCUGUCCCAGACAAAUGUCUUGAGAAGCUUGGAACAGGAAGAGCCCUUUGAUCUUUCCCAGAAAAGCCAAGGGAAGGGAAUCUCAUUUCAUUCGGAUGGCGAGAGUGCCAAGGGAAGCUCAUGCCAGGAAGAAGAGGAAGAUAACUGCUACGAGGCAGAACGGUAUAGCCCUGACAUAUACCACCACGAUGACAACAAGCUGUACGUGGCUCAAGAUCUGUCUGGCAAGCCUGAGUGCAUGAUGAAGGACUUCAGAGAGUCCUACUGCAAUGAGAAGGAAGAAGUGCGAAGUGAGGGAGGACUGGAGAAGAGAGCAGGAAAUUCAGACAAACAGGAGAGCCAGGGAGAGAGAGACCUUGCAAACAACAAACACCUCAGCCUUAGAUCCUUUGAAAAGGCCAGACUUGGCCACUCUCUCUCUGAUUAUUUGUAUUUCAAACACAGGAACAAGAGUUUGAAAGAAUUGCUGGAAAGAAAAAUGGAAAAACAAACAAUGCUCAUAGACAUUUAAAAUGGACAUUUUCAAACAGCUGGAAAAUGGGAACCAGAUAGCUCUUAACAUGAACUGUAAUUUAGCAAAGCCUGGAAGUUUGUAGUAGUCUUUAGAAAUAAACAAGCCAAAUUAAUAAAAAUAAUUUAAGGUAAAACACGUACAUUAAAAGAAUAAAGCAGUCCAAGGUCACCAAGACAUGCAAUAGAUAUUGAACAAUAACAUUUUUAUACUUAUCCAUUUGAUGUAUAAGCAGACAAUGGGGUAGGUACAGAAGUUUAUUUUCCUUUACCUGGGGUGGUAGAGACUUAUACGCAAUUUUCUAGUUAUCAAAAAGCAACAUACUUUAGCGUUUGAUUUAUUACCUGACUAAAUAUAUAUGAAUACUUCUAACCAUGUCUCAAAAAAAAUCUGAAAAUACUAAGUAUUUCACAGUAUAAACAAAAGUACUAUUAAACACGGUGUGCAUGAAAGUGCUGUCACUCUCAGAACUAACACAGUCCGAAUACUUUCAUUUACUGAAGUGACUGUUAGUUCAACCACUUACAAUGAGAAAUGGGAAACAAAUUAAGAAGAAAUACUAAUGUCUUGUGAGAUAGUGAAGGGUAGCUCUGUCAGGCUUUGAAAGGACUGGAAUUUAUUACGGUCAUAGAAGCUUUUCCUCUGGCACAUGUCAGAGGGAUGUCCGUGCUUUGCUGUGUUUCAGUCAGUAUGGGAGUAUUCAGCAAUUCUUCAGGUGAAAUAGCAUGGACUGUGUUGACAUUUUGUUCUACUGUCUGCUCAGACUAAUACAUCUAAUGAGCAGCAGCAAUGCGUAGCAUUUGCAAGUCUGGCUGUAAUUACACAUAAAACAAUACGAGUAAUUUCAUUGAGAAAAUGAUGCAAUUUUGCUGUUUAUCUCUUCAGUUUAUCUUGGCUAGCAAGGAUGAUUUUGAAAUACACAGGUCUGAUCAGAUUUUAUUUCAGAAGUAUGCCAAAAAAAGAGCCCUUACAGGGCAAGCAGUACCUCACAGAGGAAAACUGUUUUUGGAUUUCCUCUUAUCAGAGGCAGGAAUUUUCCUUUAUCAACAUGGCUUGACCAGUAAGCUCCAGGCCUUUCAGAAGAAUUCCACUCAAGCUGUUUUUACUAAGUCUUUCACAACUUUUCAUCCUCUGAUUCCCAUACAAUUAUAUGUUUGUAACAAAGAUGCUAAAAGCA